UCCGCCCCUCCCGCGAUGGCGGCGCUGCGGGCGCUCUUGGUGGCCGCCGCGGUGGCCGCGUGGGUGCCGGGGGUCGCGUCCGGCCCGACCCCUCCGCCCCGCAGCGCCUCCGUGCUGCUGGAGCCCGGCUCGGGCCGGCUCCGCGUGCUGCCCGGCCGCCAGCCCGCCGCCGUCGCUUGGGCCGAGCUCACCGACCACAUCCAGGCCGUCGGGUGGGCGUUCCUCGAGGUGUCCGCCAACGCGUUCUUCAACGACAGCCUGCAGGCUUACGCCGCGGGGUUGGCCGAGGCCGCCGUCACCGAGCAGCUCAUCUACAUGCACUGGAUGAACACGGCCGUGGGCUACUGCGGGCCCUUCCGCUACGAGACGCAGUACUGCCGCCGGCUGCGGGGGUACCUGGAGGCCAACCUGGCCUGGAUGGAGGAGCAGAUGGGCUCCGGCCGCGACCGCGCCUACUGGCACCAGGUGCGCCUGGCGCUGCUGCAGCUGCAGGGCUUGGAGGACAGCUACCGCGGGCGCGUGGCCCUCCCCGCCGGCCGCCUCUCCCUCUCGCCCUUCGGCUUCCUCCUGCUGCAACUGGGGGGGGACCUAGAGGACCUGGAGGCGGCCUUCAACCGCUCUGCCCCGCGGCGCCCGCUGGGCUCCGGUUCGUGCUCGGCGCUGCUCAAGCUGCUGCCGGGCCGCCGGGACCUGCUGGUGGCCCACGACACCUGGGCGCCCUACCAGUCCAUGCUGCGCCUCAUCAAGAAGUACACGCUGCCUUUCCGCGCCGAACCCGGUGGCACCGCCCGCGUCCCGGGCAGCGUCCAGGUGUUCUCCUCCUACCCCGGCACCAUCUUCUCUGGAGAUGACUUCUACAUCCUAAGCAGCGGGCUGGUCGCGCUGGAGACCACCAUCGGGAACAGCGACGAGGCACGCUGGCGGUACCUGCGGCCCCAGGGCAGCGUCCUGGAGUGGCUGCGGAACAUCGUGGCCAACCGGCUGGCCCGCAGCGGCGCCGAGUGGGCGGGCAUCUUCCAGCGCUUCAACAGUGGCACGUACAACAACCAGUGGAUGCUGGUGGACUACAAGGCGUUCUCUCCGGGGCGUGCUGCCCCGCAGCAGGGCCUGCUGACGGUGCUGGAGCAGAUCCCGGGCUUGGUGAUGGUGGCUGAUAAGACAGAGCUGCUGUACCAGCAGGGGUACUGGGCCAGCUACAACGUGCCGUACUUUGAGGAGAUCUUCAAUGCCAGCGGGAACCUGGAGCUGGUGCAGAAGUAUGGUGACUGGUUCACCUAUGACAAGAACCCGCGCGCCCAAAUCUUCCGCAGGAACCAGACUCAGGUCCGUGAUGUGGACUCCAUGGUCCACCUGAUGAGGUCCAACAACUACCUGCAGGACCCGCUGUCGCAGUGCCGGGGCUGCGACCCGCCGCACAACGCUGAGAACGCCAUCUCCGCCCGCUCUGACCUCAACCCAGCCAACGGCACUUACCCCUUCGCUGCCCUGCGCCAGCGCUGCCACGGUGGCACUGACACCAAGGUCACCUCCUUCGGCAUGGCCCGCACCUUCGGGCUGGUGGCUGCCAGCGGGCCGACGUGGGACGACGUGCCGCCCUUCCGCUGGAGCGCAUCGCCCUGCAGCCACCUGCUGCGCAUGGGCCACCCCGACCUCUGGAGGUUCCCUCCUGUCAAGGUCCGAUGGGACUGAGCCGGCGCCACGCCUUUUCCUGUUUCUGCAGGAUGGGGGGGCUGCAGGGAACUGCCCCCCGUGUUUUUCUCCCCGUGCUUCUCUCACCAUUUGCUGCUCCUGUGCCCCAUCUGUGCCACCGCAGCUGGGGUCGGUCAGUGGGCUCUGACCCCGGACCCAAAACCAAGCACGGAAGGAAGGCCUCCCACAGGGCUCCUCAUUCUGGAAGAUGGGUUCCAGGAGGUGGGGCUGGUGCUGGGACAGCUGCAUGGCAGGGAGGGGUGAAUGGCCGGGGUUGGUGUAACAAAUAAAAUGCUCUGUGUGCAACGGAAA